GCCGUAUUGUGUGCAACCCUAGAAGGCGAAGGAAAGCAGGCAGGCAGGCGGGCAAGGCAGUUGCUGGCAAAGCGCAACGGCCGAGGCGAGGAAAAAAACUGGCGAGCGCGUGUGCUGGAAUGGCUGAAGGCUUCGCUUCCUAAAAGAGCCCGCGCUUACUUAACCUACGCCGGGCGUUGCAAAAGGAGAGCUCGGGAAAGACGAGCGUCAUGGCAGAUUCCAACGGGGCACGUUUUUACCUGCUGCCUUGAGAGGGCUCGGCGACAGCCUGCCGCCUUUCCAUGGGGUGGGAAGGGAGGAAGGCGAGGCGCUGAAACGUCGGCGGGACCUGCGUUGCGGGGAAGGGGAACGGAGAGGACGCUCGCUCCGGCCAAGAGGUGGGAAAGGAAGGGAGGCAGAGUCAGCCAGCGGCGCCAGACGAAAGACUCGGAGAGCUCCAGGGCCCGAGGUGGGGCGAGCGUAAGGCACUUGGCCCCCCGUUGCUGAAAAGGGAUCGUCCCCGGCCGGCCGGUCGGUGCGCGCCGAGGGAGCUUUUGAUCGCCUGGGCGACAAGGACGAAGAGUCUGGCGAUGCGCUGCCUGGUUCUACUCGGUUUCUUCGCCUGGGGCUUUGGCUGCUUGGCUGGGCCCAGCGAAAGAGCUUCCCUUUCUCCAUGCCCGGCUUCCUGUAGCUGCGAUGGGGACGGAGGAGUUGACUGCUCCGGGAGGGGGCUCACCGCCGUGCCCGAAGGACUCAGCGCCUUCACCCAUUUACUGGACAUCAGUAUGAACAAUAUAACAAGAUUACCAGAGAAUGCCUUCAAGAAUUUUCCUUAUCUUGAAGAGCUACGUUUAGAUGCUAACCAUAUUACAGUUGUCCCAGAAGACAGUUUUGAGGGUCUAGUUCAACUACGUCACUUGUGGCUGGAUGAUAAUAGUUUGACUGAAGUUCCUGUUAUUCCACUCAGCAAUCUUCCCUCACUGCAAGCUUUAACUUUGGCUCUCAAUAAAAUAACCCACAUCCCUGAUUUUGGAUUCAGAAACCUGUCAAGCCUUGUGGUCCUACAUCUCCAUAACAAUAAAAUAAAAACAUUGGGACAACACUGUUUUUAUGGAUUAAACAACCUAGAAACUUUGGAUUUAAAUUAUAACAGCAUGGUGGAAUUUCCAGAAGCAAUUAAAUCACUUCCAAGCAUUAAAGAAUUGGGAUUUCACAGCAAUUAUAUUUCCAUGAUCCCUGAUAAUGCAUUUAUAGGAAAUCCGCUUUUAAGAACAAUACAUCUGUAUGAUAACCCUUUAUCCUUUGUUGGGAACUCAGCCUUUCAAAAUUUAUCAGAUUUGCAUUCUUUAGUCAUUCGUGGAGCCAACAUGGUGCAAUGGUUUCCUAAUUUAACAGGGACAAUCAAUCUGGAGAGUCUAACUUUUACAGGAGCCAAAAUAAGUAAUAUUCCCACUGGUCUAUGCCAAGAGCAAAAGAUACUUCGGACUUUGGAUUUGUCUUACAACAAUAUAAAAGAACUUCCACAUUUUAAAGGUUGCAGUUCCCUAGAAGAAAUAUAUUUGCAGCAUAAUCAAAUUGAGGAAAUCGAAGAAGAUACCUUCCAGGGACUAACAUCUUUGCAUACUCUUGAUCUCAGCAGAAAUGUGAUCCACCGGGUUAACAAGGAAGCAUUUACUACACUUGGUGCUAUUACCAACCUUGACUUAAGCUUCAAUAUGCUGACUUCAUUUCCAACUGGAGGUCUGAGUAGAUUAAAGCAAUUUAAGCUGAUAGGCAAUACUGAACUGAAAGAAACAUUAUCACCAAAGGACUUCACUAAACUCAGAUCUCUCUCUGUUCCUUAUGCCUACCAAUGUUGUCCUUUCUGGGGUUGUGACUCUUAUUUGAAUUCUAAUCCUGAAGACCCCAGCCUCCAAAAUCAGAGUCGAGAAAUCCUAAAUGAUCAAGGUACCCCAGAUGUAGAUGACUUAAGCAGUGCUGAAGUGAAAGAACCAGGUCAAACAGUAAUCCACUGUACUCCCACCACAGGUGCUUUCAAGCCAUGUGAAUAUUUACUGGGAAGCUGGAUGAUUCGUCUUACAGUCUGGUUUAUUUUUUUGGUGGCCUUACUCUUCAAUGUGCUUGUCAUCUUAAGUAUAUUUGUUUCUUCUACUUCACUUCCUUCGAUCAAAUUGUUCAUUGGCUUGAUCUCUAUCUCUAAUUUACUGAUGGGGAUCUACACCGGUAUAUUAACUUUCCUGGAUGCAGUUUCCUGGGGACGGUUUGCUGAAUUUGGUAUUUGGUGGGAGACUGGCAAUGGUUGUAAAGUGGCUCGGUUUCUGGCUAUCUUCUCUUCAGAAGGGGCAAUUUUUUUCCUUUUGUUGGCUACUAUUGAACGGAGCUUGUCUGCCAAAGAAAUCAUUAAAAAGGGUAAAAGCAGCCAUCGAAAACAAUUUCGAAUUGCAGCCGUAUUUGCAUUCUUGUGUACAUUGAUAGCAGCAUGCUUGCCAGUCUUCCAUAAAGGAGAAUAUUCUGGGUCACCCCUUUGCUUACCCUUUCCUACUGGAGAAGCCCCUUCUUUGGGCUUCACGGUUACUCUCGUGCUCCUUAACUCAUUAGCCUUUUUGCUAAUGGCUGUUAUUUAUACAAAACUUUACUGCAAGCUAGAAAAGGAAGAUCUCUCCAAGAACAAUCAAGCUAGCAUGAUUAAACAUGUUGCUUGGCUCAUCUUCACCAACUGCAUCUUUUUUUGCCCUGUUGCAUUUUUCUCUUUUGCUCCACUCAUCACUGCAAUCGCCAUCAGCCCUGAAAUUAUGAAGUCUGUCACUCUGAUAUUUUUUCCACUGCCCGCUUGUUUGAACCCAGUUUUAUAUGUGUUCUUCAACCCCAAAUUCAAGGAAGAUUGGAAGUUACUGAGAUGGCACAUCACCAAGAGGAAUGGGACUGGAACAGUUGCUGUCAAUACACAAACUGGCUGUAGGACUCAGGAUUUCUACUACGACUGCAGCAUGUACACCCAUCUGCAGGGUAGCUUAACCAUGUGCGAAUGUUGUGAGUCACUUCUUAUAUCCAAGCCUGCACCAUGUAAACAUUUAGUAAAAUCUCACAGUUGUCCUGCUUUGACUGUAGUGCCUUGCCAAAGGCCUGACGGCUGUUGGUCAGAUUGUGGUACGCAGUCUGCCCAUUCUGAUUACGCUGACGAAGAGGACUCAUUUGUAUCGGAUAGUUCAGAUCAGGUGCAGGCCUGUGGACGUGCUUGCUUUUAUCAGAGCAGAGGCUUUCCCUUAGUUCGUUAUGCCUACAACACCCCGAGGAUUAAAGACUGAAAGGCUUUACUGCAAGCAAUCCAUAUGCUAAAAAGGAGGAAGCAUGAUGCUUCAUAUAGACCAUGCCUGUUUCAUUCUUUCAUCUGAAAGCACUUUUAUUAAUCAUUGUAUGAUAUUAAUUAUAAAUAAGGGAUGUAUGCCUAAGUACCAUGAGCUAUACAUUUUAAAUAAGAGCUGUUGCUCCUUCUGUAAAUAAUUAGAAAACCAAAAUUUGUAAUCCAUUUUUAAAAACCUUUUUUCCAAGCAACUAUAUAUUUGAAGCUUAUUUCCAUGUUACGCAAUUUUAAUUUCAUUUUUUGUUGUGAUAUUGAACCUGAUAACUUUUAUAAAUAAGCACAAAAAAGCAGAAUAUUAUAGAUUUUAGGGGGAGGAAACUGGGCAGGGGAGCUGUUGCUAACUUUUGUAUAGCAUUUUUGACUGAAUCUCAGGACAAUUUACUGCAGGGCCAAAAGAUGGGAAUAUUUUUCCCAUAUGCAACUGUGAGAUAAAUACAGGCAAAAAAACAUUUUCUUAGGUCAAAUUAUGGAUUAAUUUGUCUAUAAUUAAAAUUAUUUAUUUCAGCCAAAUACAUAUCACCCCUAUAAUAUAUUCUGAGUAGUUUGGCAUAGUAAUUUUUAUUUUGAGAGUACUGCUUGAAAACAAUUUGAAACUGAUCUUUUGCAUACUUAAAUGGACAUCAAACUCAGGUUUGCUGCACUAAUAUUUAACUUCUGAUGAAAAUAUAUACUAUUAGAACAUUCCUCCAGUCUUGAGAUUCACUUUGGAGUUCUGCCAUAAUAGUUGUUUCUCGCCUCUAAAAUGGGGAUGUUCUUAUCUACAUAUGUAUAUUGGAAAAUGGGCUGCAGGCAUUUUGUGGGUUUUCUAAUACCUCCCUAAGCAAUUUUCACAAAGGCAACAGAAUUCUCAAUCAUCCUAUAAUCUUAAAUGUGCAUGUUGGGUUAUAUGUUGUUUUGACAGCAAAACAAAAACAAAAACUACUUUGUGUACAUGAAAAUCAUUUUAAAGUAUCAUUUUCAGUGAAGUUGCAGCAAAUACUACGAUCUUCCCCAAAUUGGUGCUCUCCAAUUGCCAAUUAAUUAAUAGGUGAUCCUAUACAUCUGAAAGGUACACAGCAAAAUCUGGGGUAGACUAUAUUAACAGAAUAGGUUUUAUACGAGUAAAAACUGGUGGCACAGUGGUUAGAAUGUACUAUUGCAGGCUGUUUCUGCUGACUGCCUGCAAUUUGCAGUUUGAAUCUCA